UGACAUUACAGAUUGCACCCCCCGCAACUUAAUUCAGUAUAUAUAAAUUAUAAUCAGCAUCCCGACUCCAAUAUUUUAUCUAAUCAAUUAUUUUCAUCAAUUGCCAAAAAGCCUCAACAUCUUUUGCCUUUCCAGUUGCCAAAUUAUGGUUAACAAUGGAAUUAUUAUUGCAAUCCUUCUCUUAGCAUUUUGUUUCCUUUCAUUUGUCGACAACUCAACUGCGGAGUGGUUAACCCAUGGAGGAGACCUGAGCAACAGAAGGAGUGAGAUUGGAGGAAGCAUCAAUCCGAUCUCAGUAGGAUUAGGGCUGUUGAGACAGAGAUGGAAGUUCUUGGCCGGAUUCGACAUAACCGCCACGCCGUCCGUGGCCGACGGAGUAGUCUACUUCCCGUCGUGGAACGGCAAUCUGUACGCCGUUAACGCCCGGAACGGAGCGCUGAUCUGGCAACGGAGUUUGGGACAGUUAACAGGGAUACCUCCGUCAGGAUUAUACGUGAACAUGACGGUGUCUCGGGCCACGCCGGUGGUGGCCGACGAUCUCCUUAUUGUUGCCAUCUACGGCCCGGCUUACGUCGUCGCCGUCACGCGCUCCACAGGAACACUUGUCUGGGCCACUCGGGUCGAUCCGGGCCCGCUGAGCAUUGUUACGGCAUCUGGAACAGUUUACAACGGUGGAUUCUAUGUGGGAGUAUCGUCUCUAGAAGAAUUAUUAGCGGCGGGGCAAUGCUGCACGUUCCGAGGAAGCCUGGUGAAGUUGGAUGUAAGAAGUGGGAGAAUCUUGUGGCAGACGUAUACCUUACCCGACAACGGCGGGAAACUGGGAGGAUAUUCCGGCGCCGCCAUUUGGGGCAGCAGCCCCUCCAUUGACACAUGGCGCGGCCUCGUCUACGUGGGAACCGGGAAUUUGUACAUUGCUCCGGCCGAGGUUCUCCAGUGUCAGGCUCGGCAGAACAAUCAGACGAGCCCGCCGCGCCAGCCCGAUCAGUGUUUCGGGCCGGAUGUACACUUUGAUUCACUGAUGGCGCUUGAUUUGAAUAGUGGGAGAAUUGUGUGGGCUCAGCAACUCGGAGGUUAUGAUGUUUUCUACUUCGCGUGUUUGGUCCCCAAUAACCCCGACUGCCCGCCCGGCCCCAACCUGGAUGCCGACUUCGGAGAGGCUCCGAUGCAGCUCACUGUUUUUAACAACGGAAGAUUGCGCGAUGUUGUGGUCGCAGUGCAGAAAAGCGGCUUUGCUUGGGCUCUGGACCGCGGCACGGGUGAUAUAGUGUGGUUCACAAAAGCAGGACCUGGAGGGCUGGAAGGAGGAGGAGUGUGGGGCGCAGCAAGUGAUGGAUUGCGCGUCUACACAAAUAUAGUGAAUACCAAUAGAGUGCCCUUCACUCUAAAGCCGUCCACCCAAACCACCACGGCGGGUGGAUGGGUGGCGAUGGACGCCAACACAGGAAAAAUCCUGUGGACCACCGCCAACCCAAGCAAUGAGACGGCCCAUGGGCCCGUCACCAUUGUCAACGGAGUCCUGUUUGCAGGAUCCGUGGCACCAACGGGCCCCGUCUAUGCAAUGGAUGCAAGGACGGGGGCUAUAAUUUGGACAGUCGACACGGGAGCCACCGUGUACGGAGGAGCGUCGUCCAGCUACGGCUGCAUCUUCAUCGGCCACGGCUAUUCGAUAGGUCUCGCGAAAUUCCACCCCACCUGGAAUAGUGGCAAAUAUCUCUUUGCCUUCUGCAUUCCGUGAAACAGAAUCAUUCGCCUGCGAGAAUUUCGUAAUAAGAUAAAACAGCUACAUCCCUUAAAAUACAUAAUGUUUUACCAUUUUCAAAAUAGUUAAUGCUCCAAAUAAAGCAGAAAUGUGAGUAAUGUAGUGUGAGGCGGCGCCCGAAGUUCCCCCAAACACUUCACUGAGAAAAGGAUCAACUCUUUUAGUAGUGAAGUAGUUUGGGGAAACUUCAGUCGAGACCUCACGUGAUUAAUUACAUGUACGAUGUUUUUUAUCACAUGUUGUAAUAAUAACACGACUUGUUGGCUAUUUAUAGAGCACCUAAAUCCAUACCAAGAAUCGGACAUUUGAAGCUUUUUUUGUACUA